UAAAAAUAGACGAGACCCUAAAAUUUAUUUUUCAAGAAAACGUUUUUACUGUAUGUUAUUUGUUUUUUAAAUAAGAAUAGAAAAUUAAAAAGAUAAAACCCAAUUAGGGUGAUGGGUAUGGGUAUAAAACAAAGACCAGUUUCUAUCUCCUCCUUAGGGUUUGGUUAUUAGGGUUUUCGCUGUUCGGUCUCAGUUCCACAGCCGUCGCAGUCGAACAUCCAGAAGACAAAGCGAAAAUGCCGUCACACAAGACUUUCAGAAUCAAGAAGAAGUUGGCGAAGAAGAUGAGGCAGAACAGACCCAUCCCCUACUGGAUCCGCAUGAGAACCGAUAACACCAUCAGGUACAAUGCUAAGCGCCGCCACUGGCGUCGCACCAAGCUUGGAUUCUGAGGUCUUUGCUCUGCCUCGGUUCGGUUUAUCCAAUUAAUUAGUUUUUCUUUUUCUUUUGAGGAGAAAACAUUGUUUUGGAGAUUUUUGUGUUUUUCAUUUACUUGAAGACUAUAUUGUGUAAGGAAACUUAUUGUAGUUUAUAUUAAUGGUGGUCAUCACCGCUUUCUAAAGUAUUUUGGAAAUCUUCGCUAUUUAUCUUCAGGAUUAUUAUAAGUUCCCUUUUAA